CGGCGGCGGCAGCAGCAAGAGGAGCUGCGGGGGAAGCAGCGUCCGGCUUUGCGGCCGGGGCAGUGCAGAAAAGAAAAGAAAAAAGUGAAUUGUAAGCCUAAGAACCAGGACGAACAAGAGAUCCCUUUCCGGCUCCGAGAGAUCAUGAGGAGCCGCCAGCAGAUGAAGAACCCCAUCAGUAACAAGAGAAGGAAGACAGAAGCCCAUGUGGCCUUCAGAAAGACGCUGGAGAAGGAGGCCAAGGGGGUGGAGCCAGACAUUGCUGUCCCCAAGUUCAAGCAGAAGAAGUGGGAGUCGGAUGGGGCCUAUAUGCGGCGCAUGGAGCAGGAGACCCAGCAUGUGCUGUUCCUUAGCAAGAACCAGGCUGCCCGUCGGCCCGAGGCACAGGGGACCCCCGAGAGGGAGAAGUCGGAGCACAGGAAGGCGUUCCAGAAGCGGCGGCUGGAGAGAGUCCGGCAGAGGAAGGAGGACAAGGCGGCAGACAGGCUGGAACAGGAGCUGCUCCAAGACAGGGUGAAGUUUGGGGAGGUGGCGCUGCAGCCCCCAGAGCUGACCGCCAGGCCCAGGAAGAGCACGAGCAGGGGACAGCCUGGCGAGAAGUCCCUGGUGCUGAGGGUGCCUUUGGGCCCUGGCAGUGUGUCCCAGCCUCUGAGCCCCUCGCUGGCCCGGCAGCGGAUCGUGGAGGAGGAGAGAGCACGGGUGGUGCAGGCCUACCGCACACUGAAGAAGCUGAAGCAGCAGCAGCAGGGGCCUGAGUUGUCCUGCCUCCGCCCUGGGAAGAAGCCAAGGGCACAUCUGUGACUGCGCGAUCUGGGGCCUGGCCUGCGCUCCGUAAAGCUGGCUCUGGGCUGCUGCGCCCAGCUGGGGGUGGCGGGGACGGGCAGGAGCCAGCCUGCGUGGAGGGGCCGCCCCCAGACACGCUCACAAGGCCCCCGGGAGCACAGGUGCUAGCACUCCCAUGCACAGAGGCCUCCAGGCUGUUAAGGGGCUUCACUCGGCCAGAAGCGGGGGCGACAGGCUGGGGUGUGAGGCCUGGCAGCACCCAGAACAGCCCUGUUUGCCUCUGGCUUCCCUCUCAGACAUCUGCCUUGGGUGCCUCGAUCCCCAGACAGGAGGCCAGCCCGGGCCUGGCAGGACUGCUGCUCGCUCCACCUGUCCCUGGCAUGUUGGGGUAGACGCUGCCUAGUCUGACUACACGAUUGACCAGAAGAAUCUCAACAGAAGGAUGGGGCAGGAGCCCACCCUAGUCUGUCCUUCUUCUCCAGGGCAACAGGUGAUGAGCGUGGACAGAACGGGGCCUAAGGCCAAGCAAAGGGGAUGGGCCCACAGUCUCGGGUCUCAGGGUCUCCAGGAGUAGCUUCCGCCCCGGGUGCCGCUGAGUGCCGGCCGGGCUGGACGAAGGAGGCUCGUUCUCAGGGAGGGCCUCCGUCUGCAGGAACACGGGUGCCACUGAGGCUUCAGAGGCUCGUCCGGGUCUCAAAGGGCAGCUGGGGUCUCCUGACUGCUCUUUGUUUCAAAGGCUCGGGCAUCUGAGGUGUUUGGGUUUUUUUAAUCAACAUCAUUGAGCUGUAAAUCACCAACAAUAAAAUACAGCCACCUUCAGUGAGUUUCACAGGUCUGUAUAUCCAGGUAAUCACCACCACAACCGAGAUACGGAC